ACUUGUCGUCGGCCAACAUCAUCAAAUCACGUGAUCACGUUGUAUUGAUACGUGUCGUAAAAGAGAGCCACGAUUCGUUGAUCACAUUUCCAGCCGAGCGUUCUUAGAUAUUGUUCUGUCUCAGUUUACCGCACAAAUCGGAGAAAUUCAAGUACUCUUGUAGUAUUCGGACACUGCAUAUGCCAAACAUACUUCAUAGUAGAGAUUAAUUAAUUUAUCUUUCAUCGUAUUCAUCAUGGGAAUCAAAUUUUUGGAAGUUAUAAAACCGUUCUGCAGUAUUUUACCAGAAAUAGCAAAACCACAGAGAAAAAUUCAAUUUCGGGAAAAAGUGCUAUGGACUGCUAUAACACUAUUUAUAUUCUUAGUAUGCUGCCAGAUACCGUUAUUUGGAAUUAUGUCUUCAGAUAGCGCCGAUCCCUUUUAUUGGAUCCGUGUCAUAUUAGCGUCAAACAGAGGAACUCUUAUGGAGUUGGGUAUUUCUCCAAUUGUUACUUCAGGUUUAAUUAUGCAGUUGUUAGCUGGUGCUAAGAUAAUAGAAGUUGGAGAUACAAUUAAAGAUAGAGCACUAUUUAACGGUGCCCAAAAAUUAUUUGGAAUGGUAAUUACUGUUGGACAAGCAAUUGUUUAUGUGAUGACUGGAAUGUAUGGUGAUCCAGCUGAAAUUGGAGCUGGAGUUUGUUUAUUAAUUAUUAUUCAACUUUUUGUUGCUGGUUUAAUUGUUUUACUGUUGGAUGAACUUUUACAAAAAGGAUAUGGUCUUGGAAGUGGUAUUUCCUUGUUUAUUGCCACAAAUAUUUGUGAAACAAUUGUAUGGAAGGCCUUCUCACCAGCAACUGUCAACACUGGACGAGGUACUGAAUUUGAAGGAGCAGUAAUAGCAUUAUUCCACCUGUUAGCUACUAGACAAGAUAAAGUUCGUGCUCUAAGAGAAGCAUUCUAUCGUCAAAAUCUUCCAAAUCUCAUGAAUUUAUUAGCAACAAUUUUAGUGUUUGCUAUUGUUAUAUACUUCCAAGGUUUCCGGGUUGACUUACCUAUUAAAUCGACUAGAUAUCGUGGACAAUACAGUAGUUAUCCAAUUAAACUUUUCUACACGAGUAAUAUUCCCAUCAUUCUUCAAUCAGCUUUAGUAUCGAAUCUCUACGUUAUAUCUCAAAUGUUAGCGGCUAAAUUUCAAGGCAAUUUGAUUGUUAAUCUAUUGGGAGUAUGGUCAGAUGUUGGUGGUGGUGGCCCAGCAAGGUCUUACCCCGUUGGAGGUCUCUGUUACUACUUAUCGCCACCUGAAUCAGUAGGACAUAUUGUUCAAGAUCCUGUCCAUGCCCUCUUAUACAUUCUUUUCAUGCUGGGUUCUUGUGCGUUCUUCUCUAAAACUUGGAUUGAAGUUUCUGGUAGUUCAGCUAAAGAUGUUGCUAAACAAUUAAAAGAUCAACAAAUGGUAAUGAGAGGACAUCGUGAUAAUUCAAUGAUUCAUGAAUUGAACCGUUACAUUCCUACUGCAGCAGCAUUUGGUGGACUUUGUAUUGGAGCCCUUUCAGUACUUGCUGACUUCCUUGGUGCGAUUGGAUCUGGUACAGGAAUAUUACUUGCAGUGACAAUAAUUUAUCAGUACUUUGAGAUUUUUGUGAAAGAACAAAGUGAAAUGGGUGGUAUGAGUACGUUAUUAUUCUAAAUUCAAUUAAAUGGACAAAAAAAAAUUUUCUAAUGCUCCAAUAUAUAAAUUUAUAUAUUUAUUAUGAGUCAUCGAUAUUAAAUUCGAUAGAUUUUGUCUUCAUCGAUCUUUAAAAACUUUUAUAAGACUCAGAAAAGGGUACCAUUAGAUCAUCUUUUCGAUGACUACACUUAUUACAAUAAACCAUGAUUUAAGACUUGACUGUACAUAGAAUUUAAUUGAACUGUUAAAUAAAAAUAAUCAAUUUUUUCAACCUGU